AUUAAAGCUUCCUUCGUCGCUCCUUUGCCAUCAAUCCUACCCCACGUAUCUCUCUCUCUCUUACUUCCCUCUCCCUCCUCCCUCUUCUCUACCUCUCCUUUCCUUCGUCUCCUCCUUAUAGUCCAUCGUCUUGUCUUCAGUACACCAUGGCCACCGCAACUGUGACAGCGCUCGAGAAGCCCAACAUCGGUGUUUACACCAACACCAACCAUGAUUUGUGGGUUGCGGAAUCCAAGCCAUCGCUGGAGGAUGUCAAGAGCGGAGCAGGCCUGCAGCCUGGGGAGGUCACGAUCCAGGUCCGCAGCACCGGAAUUUGCGGAUCCGACGUGCACUUCUGGCACGCAGGCUGCAUCGGCCCGAUGAUCGUGACGGGCGACCACAUCCUCGGCCACGAAUCCGCGGGACAGGUCGUCGCCGUCGCACCGGACGUCACCUCCCUGAAGCCCGGUGACCGGGUGGCGAUCGAGCCCAACAUCAUCUGCAAUGCGUGCGAGCCGUGCCUGACGGGCCGGUACAACGGAUGCGAGCGCGUCCAGUUCCUGUCCACGCCGCCGGUGGACGGGCUGCUGCGGCGCUACGUCAACCACCCAGCGAUCUGGUGCCACAAGAUCGGCGACGAGAUGAGCUACGAGGACGGAGCGCUGCUGGAGCCGCUCAGCGUGUCGCUGGCGGCGAUCGAGCGCAGCGGCCUGCGGCUCGGCGACCCGUGCCUGAUCACGGGCGCGGGCCCCAUCGGGCUGAUCACGUUGCUGAGUGCGCACGCCGCGGGCGCCACGCCCAUCGUGAUCACGGACAUCGACGAGAGCCGGCUGCAGUUCGCGCAGUCGCUGGUGCCGGGGGUGCGCACGUACAAGGUGCAGAUGGGCAAGUCGGCCGAGGAGAACGCGGAGGGCAUCGUGCUGACGUUCAACGACGGCGACGCGGCGCAGGCGGCGAGCCCGAUGGCGCUGCGGCCGCGCAUCGCGCUCGAGUGCACCGGCGUCGAGAGCAGCGUCGCCUCCGCCAUCUGGAGCGUCAAGUUCGGCGGCAAGGUCUUCGUCAUCGGCGUCGGCAAGAACGAGAUGACCAUCCCCUUCAUGCGCCUCAGCACCCAGGAGAUCGACCUCCAGUACCAGUACCGCUACUGCAACACCUGGCCCCGCGCCAUCCGCCUCGUCCGCAACGGCAUCAUCAACCUCCAGAAGCUCGUCACCCACCGCUUCGCCUUGGAGGAUGCCCUCAAGGCCUUCGAGACCGCCGCUAACCCCAAGACCGGCGCCAUCAAGGUCCAGAUCAUGAGCUCCGACGAGGAUGUCAAGGCUGCUUCCGCUGGUCAGAAGUUUUAGAAUUGAUGUGUGAUGAAAAAUGUUUCUUUGGUUAUAACUCUGUACUUUCUUUCUGUUUUGUUCAUUAGAG